CAAAUUCAUAAAAUUAAAUAAACUUCCCCGAUCGAGGUGAUAAAUUUUUAAGUACUUAUCAUCAAAUUGGCUCCGUUUUUUCUCGAGCUGUAUGAUCGAUUGGUUGAUUCUAAGGAUUUUUUCCGGAUUUUUUCUGUUCUGCAUAAUAAAAGAAAACUUAUCAUUCCGUGCCUUGGCGGGAAUAAUAUAUAUUCGAUCUUGGUUGGAAUCUUGAAGUGAAAAGAGAAGAAAGAAGAUUAGGGAGUGAUUUUAAGGAGGAUUUAUUGGAAUAUUGUGAUUGUUGAGGUUAUUGGUGGAUUUGACCAGAAUCACCAAAUGAAUGUUGUUGGGAAAGUGGGUAGUUUAAUUUCGCAAGGUGUAAACUCGGUGGCAACCCCUUUUCAUCCCUUCGGUGGGGCUGUUGAUGUUAUUGUGGUACAGCAGCAAGACGGGACAUUUCUAAGUACCCCAUGGUAUGUUCGAUUUGGGAAAUUUCAGGGUGUUCUUAAGAGAGCUGAGAAGAUUGUCCGCAUAAACGUCAAUGGUGUUGAAGCUAAUUUUCACAUGUAUCUUGAUAAUUCUGGUGAAGCUUAUUUCAUAAAGGAGGUUGAGCCUGGUAAAGGAAGUGAGGCAAAUGGGGUAAUAAAGGAUUCUGAUAGCAUGGCAAUGUCGAAUGAAGAUAUCAGUGUUGGUUUUAGUGAUGUUGUUGAUAAUAACGUUGUUGGAAUUUCUAGGCUUGAGCAUAGUGUUUCCGAUUGUAGGGUGAUUCAGCUGCGAGAGGAAGAUGAUUCAUUGGGUGCAGCACGACUUCAGAGGGCAGAAUCUGAUGGUGACCGGAGGUAUUAUGAACUUGAAGAUGAGCAACCCUCUCUGGAUGAUUCAGUUGAGUUAUCAGAGUAUGGUUCUAACAGAUACGAUGGUUUAGAUGGCGAGCAUCCUGCAAUUUCACAACGUUCACAUUCAGAAGUGAUCCUGGUGAGUGUGGAUGGUCAUGUUCUAACGGCCCCUGUAUUGGAAUCAGAACAAAAUACCGAGAAUGUGCAAUUAUGCACCCCUCAGUUCCAUCUGGGCCGAGGUGAUGACACUGAGGAGUUUAAUUCAGGUGAUGAUUCAUGGGCUGCUAAUUACAUCAAUACGCUGAAUGCAUCUACAUCAAAUGUUGCAUCUGAUAAUGCUUACAGUGCUGGUAAUGGUGAUAACAUUUGCCAACCGGAGGUUUGUGAGGGUGAUAACGAACAUGCAUGUCAAGAUCAAGAAAUUCAGGACAUUUCUAGAUCAGAAGGAGAUCUUCUGGCACAAAGCGAUUCAGAUACAUCUGUUAGGAUAAAUAGGGUAGAUAUUUUCAAAAGCUGCUCGGCGAUACCAGAAUGGGCCAAACAGGCUGGAAUUGCUGAUCUUGAGGAAAUGGAUUCUUCACUUGAGGUGCAAAAAGAUUCACGUGAGGAGUCUCCUUGUAGUCCUCCAGCAGCUGAUCAAACUACUGAUGGGGAUCUUGGUGAAUUCACAGACAAUGGCUGUAAUGCUAAUGGACUUCAUGGGUCACCUACUUUGCUGGUUGAACUCGAAGCAACAGAUAAAAAUGCUUCGCGGACAGAACAUUUAGGUGCUGACAGCACUUGUAUUUCUGUUAGCAUUGUUAACAGUUCAGAUGAGAAGGGUGAAGAGUCUCAUCACAUAUCCACAGUGUGUGUUGGGUCAAAUAGCAGUUUGCAUAGACCUGUUCCCAAGGAUGAGUCAAGUAAAAGCGAGACUGUGGAACUGCAGAGAGCAAUCUCCAUUGAAGAGAUGCAAACUUGUUCAAGCAAAGGGUUUGAGAUCUCCCUGUGUGGGAAGGAACUCCAUGCAGGUAUGGGCUUGGACGCUGCUGCUGAAGUGUUUGCAGCACAUUUUGUAUCUGCUGAGGAAUUUAAAAAUUCUGCAACGUCAAUUAUCAAGAAUGAAAACUUAAUAAUCAGAUAUGGACAGAAGUACUUCAUGUGGGAAAAGGCUGCUCCUGUUGUGCUUGGAAUGGUAGCAUUUGGUUUGGAUCUACCUGCUGAGCCCAAGGAUGCCAUUCCUGUGGAACUGGAUGAAACAGUUGCACAAAGGGAUCAUGUUGCUGUGAUUAGUUCUGCAUCAUCUAGCCGCAUAUGGAGGCUUUGGCCUAUUCCAUUUAGAAGGGUCCAGAUAAGCAGAGAAUCAUCAAGUGAAGAGUUAUUUGUUGAUUCUGAAUCUGGAAUGCAAAACACAAAUGUUGAAUCAACUUCAGCAUCCCACGGUGGGUCUGUGUCUCCUCACAAGCAGGUUAUAAGGACAAAUAUUCCAACUAGUGAGCAGAUAGCAUCAUUGAAUCUGAAAGAUGGUCAAAAUAUGAUAACUUUCAGUUUCUCGACUAGGGUUCUGGGUACACAACAGGUCGAUUGUCAUAUCUACUUGUGGAAGUGGAAUGCAAGAAUUGUAAUUUCAGAUGUGGAUGGAACAAUUACCAAGUCUGAUGUUUUGGGUCAGUUCAUGCCCUUGGUUGGAAAGGACUGGACACAAUCUGGAGUAGCUAAACUUUUUUGUGCCAUUAAGGAGAAUGGAUAUCAGCUAUUGUUUCUGAGUGCACGUGCAAUUGUUCAGGCAUAUUUAACCAGAAGUUUUCUUUUCAACGUAAAGCAGGAUGGAAAAACCCUACCAAAUGGACCUGUUGUUAUUUCACCUGAUGGAUUGUUUCCCUCAUUAUACCGAGAAGUAAUAAGAAGAGCUCCUCAUGAGUUCAAGAUUGCGUGUUUAGAGGAUAUUAAAAGACUCUUUCCUACUGAUUGCAACCCAUUCUAUGCGGGCUUCGGAAAUAGAGAUACCGAUGAGCUUAGUUACCGAAAAAUUGGGAUCCCUAAGGGCAAAAUAUUUAUUAUAAACCCAAAGGGUGAGGUGGCCAUUAGUCAUCGCAUCGAUGUGAAAUCCUACACAUCUUUACACACGCUGGUCAAUGAUAUGUUCCCCCCUACAUCGUUAGCCGAGCAGGAAGAUUACAACUCAUGGAAUUUUUGGAAAGUGCCACUGCCAGAUAUUGAGAUUUAGUUUAUCUUACACAGAAAUGGUUUCCUUGUACCAACAAGAUGAUAAGUGGAUUGAAAUGUCCACAAAAGUACAGAUACGAUGAAGAUUCUUCCAUUCGUCUCAAUAUAUAUAUAUUUUUUUUGCCAGAAGUGAUGCUGUGUAACUGUGUUAAACUAUUUCAUUUCGCAGCCCUGGUGUACGAUUUGUAAGCAAUGCAUCCUGUAUUAGAAGUUAAAAGAGGUACUUUAAAAAUUCCCAUGUUAACAAAAGCUUCUGUGAUUUUGGUGAUAGCGUUUCCAUUGUUGCUUCUACCUGUACAUGCGGUCUGCCAUUUCUUGGCUUUUGAGUUGCAAUCGGAAAAGCUUCUGGCUUCUUACAUUGCUUGUUCUCAUUUGUACUCUAAUUACAAUUACAUUGCAAAGAAAAAAAGGUCUUUUAGUCUGGUA